AUGGAAUCAAAUCACAAAUCCGGGGAUGGAUUGACCGGCACACAGAAAGAAGCCGCCCUCCGUGCAUUAAUUCAGCGAACGGGAUAUAAUUUGAUCCAGGAAAAUGGGCAGAGGAAAUAUGGAGGCCCACCACCUGGCUGGGAUGGUCCUCCGCCAGAGAGGGGGUGUGAGAUCUUUAUUGGGAAACUGCCCCGAGACCUCUUUGAAGAUGAACUUAUACCACUGUGUGAAAAAAUUGGCAAAAUCUAUGAAAUGAGAAUGAUGAUGGACUUUAAUGGCAACAACAGGGGCUACGCCUUUGUGACCUUCUCGAAUAAACAGGAAGCAAGGAAUGCAAUAAAGCAACUCAAUAAUUAUGAAAUUAGGAACAGGCGUCUCCUUGGAGUCUGUGCCAGUGUGGACAACUGCCGCCUGUUUGUGGGAGGGAUCCCCAAAACAAAGAAGAGGGAGGAAAUUUUAGCAGAGAUGAAGAAAGUCACGGACGGAGUUGUGGAUGUCAUUGUCUAUCCUAGCGCAGCUGAUAAAACCAAAAACCGGGGUUUUGCUUUUGUGGAAUACGAAAACCAUCGGGCAGCAGCCAUGGCCAGGAGAAAAUUGAUCCCAGGAAGGAUCCAGCUGUGGGGACACCCUAUAGCCGUUGACUGGGCAGAACCAGAAGUGGAGGUGGACGAAGACACCAUGUCAUCGGUAAAAAUUCUCUACGUGAGGAACCUCAUGCUCUCGACCACUGAAGAGACCAUAGAAAAGGAGUUCAACAGCAUCAAACCAGGUGCGGUAGAGAGAGUAAAGAAAAUUAGAGACUACGCCUUUGUGCACUUUAAUAAAAGAGAAUAUGCGGUGGAAGCUAUGAAAGCCUUGAAUGGGAAGGUGCUGGAUGGGUCCCCAAUCGAGGUGACGUUAGCCAAACCCGUUGACAAAGACAACUACGUCAGAUACACCCGGGGCACAGGUGGCAGAGGUACCAUGCUGCAAGGAGAAUACACCUACGCCUUCGGACAUGUGUACGACCCCGCCACCGCCUACCUGGGCGCCCCAGUUUUCUAUGCACCCCAAGCCUACACGGCUAUCCCCAACCUCCACUUCCCUGCCACGAAGGGGCUCAGCAACAGGAGCAUCAUCCGGCCCCCAUCCAUCCGAGGGGCUGCGGGAGUUAGAGGACUGGGAGGUCGUGGCUACCUGGCAUACACGGGCCUGGGGCGCGGAUACCAGCUCAAAGGAGAAAAGAGGGGAGAUGAUAAACUCUACGACCUCUUGCCAGGAAUGGAGCUCACACCGAUGAACCACGUCACACUAAAGCCCCAAGGGAUCAAACUCGCUCCUCAGAUCUUAGAAGAAAUCUGCCAGAAAAACAACUGGGGACAGCCUGUUUACCAGCUCCACUCUGCAAUUGGCCAAGACCAAAGACAGCUCUUCCUAUACAAAAUCACCAUCCCUGCCCUCGCCAGCCAGAACCCCACCAUACAUCCCUUCACACCACCCAAGCUCACUGCCUAUAUUGAUGAAGCCAAAACCUACGCAGCAGAAUACACCCUUCAGACGCUGGGGAUUCCCAUGGAGGGAGCAGAGGUGGCUCCUGCAGCGCCAGCUUUUCCAGGAUAUACCAUUGCUAACGCAGCUGCGACCGUCACAGCCACUCAGCUCAAGCAAGCGGUGACUAUGGGGCAAGAUUUAGCAACGUACGCAGCCUACGAAGCCUACCCGGCCUUCGCAGUCGCUGCACGCAGUGAUGGCUACGGAGCAUAUUAAUCCUGUCUUUAAUCGAGUUCCCUUAAAUUGAGCACAGGCAGGAAAAAAAAAAAAAUCUCAGUCUGGUAAUUCUUACACCCUCAUGAUUUUAAACUAAUCUGUCGCCUAAAGUUAGAUUUUUAGUCGGAGUUUCAUUCUUGUAGUUCUUUAGUUU